UGAUCAUUCGGGAAGGGAAGCUAGGAAAAUGACUGCAGGCGUCCAGUCACACACUAAAGCGACUUAAUCAUCGACAUUUGCUCAAAAUAACGUUUUAAAACGCUUUAAUCUUUCUCUUUAUGACUUUCUCCGUUUUUAUAACACGGCCUUUAAAGUUUUACCUGGUAACCGGAACUGAAUUUGAUGGUUUUAUGUCAAGCAAACCGCUCGCGCUCUGAAGCUGGAGGAUAACAAAGACUGUAUUUGCCAGAAUGGAUCUACAUGUUACACUGUUUUGAUUGAUGUUCGAAACAAGCCUUGGAUGAAGGGUUCACAGACCAGCUUUGAAAGAACGGUCUCCUCGCCUCUAUGAAGCUCAACGAGAGAAGUGUGGCACAUUAUGCCACGUGCAAUUCUCCUCCGGACAAAACAGGCUUCCUCUAUAAAAAAGGGGAACGGAACACUGCUUACCACCGACGCUGGUUUGUCCUUAAGGGCAACAUGCUCUUCUACUUCGACGAGAAGGAAAGCCGAGAGCCUAUCGGGGUCAUCGUCCUGGAAGGCUGUACGGUGGAGCUCUGCGAGUCCGAAUCGGAAGAGUUCGCCUUCGCCAUUAAAUUCGAGUGCACCAAGGCGAAGGUGUACAAGAUGUCCGCAGAAAGCCAGGCCGCUAUGGAGUCGUGGGUCAAGGCUCUGUCACGGGCUAGUUUUGACUACAUGCGCCUGGUGGUGAAAGAGUUAGAGAGGCAGCUUGAAGAGGUACAAGAAGAAGCGAGAUCUUUGCAGGCGAAGAACAAGCUGAAGAAACAAAGCCUCCGAACGGCUGCUCCAUCCAUACAGAAUGCCUCCGGCAUGGGGUCAGAAGAAGAGGGGCUUUUUUUUUUAGGGAGUUCCACUAGGGAGAACGGGGUGACUUGGAAUAAGCCCACAAGCAUGGCUAAUGGUAUCAGCAAGGGUUGCGCCUGGGAGGAGGACAACUAUGGGAAGGGUGAUGGACUCAGACCACCUCCGGUACCUCCACGGAGAAAAACCAAUGGCGGGUUACUGGAGAGCCCUGUUUCACCCGACACAGAGUGCUUCUCCAAACUGCAUGACUGGUACGGUAAAGAGGUGGCUGAACUUAGGAUUGAGUGGCUUCAGAGCCAAAAAACCUCUGCCUUAAAUGCCUAAAAUGGUUGAUUGAAUUGAGGGAAACGUCUGUGAGAGGUUCGACCCGAAAUAUCUCUCUGCACAGAUGAAGGUGUGUUUACAGUGUUUGGUGCAAUUUUUAGUUUUAGCAAAUGAGAGCAGAUGCACAGAUAGAGGCCAAAUGUAUAUAAAUAUGAGAUGAAUCAGAAUGUUAAUCACUUGUUUCUUGUAAUAGGUGGACAUUGUUUUUUAGACAUUUUAAUCAAGACCAAAAAUCUUUCAGAAAAAUGUUUUUACUGAAUGCCUAAAAAACUAAAAAAUUUUGACUUAUACGAUACUAUAAUCCAGGUCUUCUAUAAGCCAUUUAAUUACAUUGACUGAACAAAAACAGAAACUUUUCUUUUAUUCGCUUGACUGACACUAUUAUAAAAAGAGAAGUCUGGAUAUUCUGCUAUAUUUCUCCUUUUUUGUUCUACAGAAAAAUGACAUGAGGCAGAAAAACGAAUGUUCAUUUUUAAGUGUUCCUAUAAAACAUGGCAUUUAAGACACAAACAUUGUGAUGUAUUAAUGUUGUAUUUGUCUUUUCUUCUUAUUUCUGUUUUCUUAUUUUUAUAAAAACAUUGGGGUUUUUCUUUUUUGUAACAGCGGUACGACAUCCAUGUUUUCGUUGUUAAAAACAAAAUGAAUGUUAUAAUGAAGGUGCCAAAGCAGGUCUAUGGCAAAUGUAAACAUUUUUAAUUACAAAAUGCAAUUUUGAGUAAAAGCACAAAAAGUUGCACUGUAUAGUGUGCAUUGCAAGAAUAAUA